CCUGGUAGCACCCGCAGUGCACGCACUGGCGGCAGGGUAGGGGGCUGCGGUUCCGCGCGUCUCCGCGGCCUCCCCCUUUGGAGGCGGGAGGGGCAGACGGAGGAGGCGCGGGCCCGGCGGAAGCCAUGUUUGUGGCGCGUAGCAUCGCGGCGGACCACAAGGAUCUUAUCCACGAUGUCUCUUUCGACUUCCACGGGCGGCGGAUGGCAACCUGUUCCAGCGACCAGAGCGUCAAGGUCUGGGAUAAGAGUGAAAGUGGUGAUUGGCACUGUACUGCUAGUUGGAAGACACAUAGUGGAUCUGUUUGGCGUGUGACUUGGGCACAUCCUGAAUUUGGACAGGUUUUGGCUUCCUGUUCUUUUGACAGAACAGCUGCUGUGUGGGAAGAAAUAGUAGGAGAAUCAAAUGACAAACUUCGAGGACAGAGUCACUGGGUUAAGAGGACAACUCUAGUGGAUAGCAGAACAUCUGUUACUGAUGUGAAGUUUGCUCCCAAGCAUAUGGGACUUAUGUUAGCAACCUGCUCAGCAGAUGGUAUAGUGAGAAUAUAUGAAGCACCGGAUGUCAUGAAUCUUAGCCAGUGGUCUCUGCAGCAUGAGAUCUCAUGCAAGCUAAGCUGUAGCUGUAUCUCUUGGAACCCUUCAAGCUCUCGUGCUCAUUCCCCAAUGAUAGCUGUAGGAAGUGAUGACAGCAGCCCAAAUGCAAUGGCCAAGGUUCAGAUCUUUGAAUAUAAUGAAAACACCAGGAAAUACGCAAAAGCUGAAACCCUCAUGACAGUUACAGAUCCUGUCCAUGAUAUUGCAUUUGCUCCAAACUUGGGAAGGUCUUUCCAUAUUCUAGCCAUUGCAACCAAAGAUGUGAGAAUUUUUACAUUAAAGCCUGUGAGGAAAGAACUGACUUCCUCUGGUGGGCCAACAAAAUUUGAAAUCCAUUUAGUGGCUCAGUUUGAUAAUCAUAAUUCUCAGGUCUGGCGAGUGAGUUGGAAUAUAACAGGAACCGUGCUCGCAUCUUCAGGAGAUGAUGGCUGUGUACGAUUGUGGAAAGCAAAUUAUAUGGACAAUUGGAAAUGUACUGGUAUUUUGAAAGGUAAUGGGAGCCCUGUCAAUGGGAGUUCUCAGCAGGGAAACUCAAAUCCUUCCCUAGGUUCAAAUACCCCAAUUCUUCAAAAUUCAUUAAACGGAUCUUCUGCUGGCAGAAAGCACAGCUGAGUACAAGCUAACUGGAGUAACUUUGCUGUUUUGCUGCUUGUUGCAUGCACACAGGAAUGGAAAGCGAGCUCCUUUUCCCCUUCCCCAGCACCGUUUGACCUCUCCCAAGAUACACCAGCAGCCUGCUUACUACUAAACGCAAUCCAAAAGGCCUUUAAAAAUACAGUGUAUAUCAUUUUUGGUACUAGCUAGUUUAUUGACACUACUUGAAAAUUUUGAAAUAGAAAUGGAGAGGCUUUUUUGUGAGAUAAUGUCACCAAAACAAUUUUUUGAAAUGUUGCCGAAAGUAUCAAGGAUUUUAAAAUUGAAAGAACUGUUACCAUCCUCAUAAGUGGAUGGGAGGAGGGAAAUUUUACUUUAUCCCAUUUGGAGAAUACAGGCUUAUCUUCUGUUUUCUAAAACAGGAAACUAAAAUGAUGAAUUUUUAUAAUUUUAAUUUGAAGAUGGAAUAAAUAUUUUUCAUAAAGAUUGUUUUGAGUGCUAAUUUGUUUACCUUUUGUAGAAUUGGUUUAUACAUGAUAUUAUUCAAUACAACUGUCAUUUCUUAUGUAAUAUUUUGGAAAAUAUUAGUAAAGGGGUGUGACAUUUACUAGUAAAAUGAAAGUGAUUUGACUGUACAGUUUGUAGCCAAAUUAAACAUUUGGAAGUGCUUCAUUUAUAGUUUGAUAGUAAAAUGGAAAAAAAAAACUUUUGUAAGUUUUAAAUUUAUAAAAUUCACUAAAGAGAUAAACAUUUAUCUAAAUGUGCUUGUUUAUUUUUAUGGUGUGAUUCCAUGGCUUUAAGUUUUCCUUCAGAUCACAAUUUGGAAACAUACCCUGCGAUAAAAAGUUAAAAAGUUACAAUUUUGAUAAAAUCGUGCAUGCACAUUAACUUUAUUGCCAAUUCCAUGUCCCAGGAUUUUCAUUAUUUAGUUGGCUGCUUAAUUUAGUUCAUAGGACUCUGACAUUGAUGACAGAAGUUUAACUCUUAAGUUUGCAAAAGUGCACAAGAAUUACGGGUAAGUUGUAAGAUGGCAAAAUCAAAUAGGACAUAUUCUUUGUGCUCUUUUACUUACCAAAUUUUAUAGCUAUUCUAAGAUUCUUGCAGAAAAACAGCUAAGUUAUAUGUAAAGAUUGUGUUUCUUCAACAGUGUGUUACAAUAGCUUAGCCAUACUAUGUGAAAGUGUAUUUGAAUUGGUUAUCAGUAUCAUGUAUGCACUAAAAAUAUAAGUGCUUGUUGCUGCUACUACAAAUGAAUCAUUGCUUAAAAUAAAGAAAAAGCCUAUUAGAUGUGUAAAUUUAUGGGAUAGCAUCAAAUGUUUCUGAAAGAUUAGAAAAUGUUUUAAAUUAUUAAUACUUUUCUUUGUAACAGUCACUAAUUUUUUUAACAUUUUAAGUUUAACAGAUUGUAUUUUUUUCAAGUUUCUAUACUUAAGCAAACUUGAUUUGAGUGAAGGUCUUGAUUUUUGCUAUUAUGUUCUGUUAGUUUUGGCAUGAAAAUACUAAAGCUUUUUUUCCCCUAGCAUGUGUUUUCUCCUCUUUGGUUCUCUUUGUAUUUACUACUUUUCUCUUUUUCUUCUGUUUUUUCUUUUCUUUUUUUUUUUUUUCCCUGUUGUUUUUGUUUUGUUUGGUGUGUUGUUCCUGUCUUCAUUGUUUCAGGUAUUUCUUUCCCCCUCUGGAUUCCCCACGGGCUGGAUCGAGAUGGUCCAGUUAUGCCCAGCUCCUUCCUCCUCCUCCUCCUCCUCCUCUGGUAGAGCACUCUUGCGAUGCUGACACUGCCAACCUCCAGUAUCCUCACCCUCGCAGACGAUCUCUCUCUCGGCCUCUUAAUCCCUUACCUGAGAAUGAAGGGGUUUAAAACACUGAUAUAACACUUAAAGGCCUUAUUCAAGUGCUUGUAAAUGCUUUCAUUUCUGGCUGCUUUUUGUUUUUCUUCAUUUUCUUUCAGAAGAUUUUUCUAAUUUAGGUUCUGUCUUGCAUGUAUUACAAUCAGAACACAGUGUUUGGAACCUAAAUGUUUGUGCUUCUGCAUCAAAGGAACAUUUGCUUCAUUGGUUGAUAACCUUUGAUGAAAUGAGAUAUGUUCAAGUUACAUUAACUGUGAGAGUUACACACAGUACACAGUAACUUCAAAGUGCCUGUUUUGUAAAUUUUAUUUUGAAUUGUAUAGUGUUAAGCUUCUUGCAGUUUGUCAUACAGGUUCAUGUAAAAGCAUUUGUCUGCCUUUGAGACAUAUUAAGAAAUGUUUUUAAUUUUGCAGGUAAAUGUUGCCAUCGACUAGUUGUAAAAUAAAUCAUUCCUGUGUACAAAGCAGCAAAACAUAACAUGGACUGUUUUUGUUUUUAAUGAAAUUGCCUUUUACUACUAGGAAUUACUGCUGUAAAAGCAUUUGUAAUUCUCCAAGUAGGUUGUUUAAUAAAAUAUAUUUUAAAUGA